AUGAGACCAUUACAACAAUGGUCUUUGUAUAUAGUAUCAAUAAUAAUAAUAGUAAUUUUAAAAAUUGAAAAUUGUUUAAGUUCAACCAAUUUUAUGCCAACAUUGGCAGUUGAAAGAAGGUCAACAUUAUUUAUAGGUAAUUUAACAAUAGAAUCAUCAGAAAGGGAUUUAACUAUAGGGUUAUUACCAGGUACAGGUAAUAAUUUUGAAUGGUUAGUUUUUAAAGAUGGAUUUAGUUUAAUGGAAGGAAGGAGAGUUCAAUCAGAUGAAUCGAAUGAUGCAUUAAAAUUUCAAUGUGUUACAAGCUAUGAUAGUGGAAUUUAUUAUUUCAAACAAAACGACCCAACAAACACAGGUUACAAUAUAGAAACGGAAAGAUUCAUAUUAAAUGUCAUUGGUAAUGAUACGGAAACAUUGGUAAUGAUUAGAGAACCAUCAUCAAUAGUUAUGUCUGGUACAUCAUUUUCAGUACAACCAGUGAUUGGAUUUGGAAGAGCGAAAUUACCAACAUGGAAAGGUGAAUCCCGAGGAAGAAUUGAACCAGUGAUAUUGGAAAGUCCAUCCAACGGGAAGAACAUGCAUUUUCUACUACAAUUUAGAGGUGUCGAUAUAGAUUUGGAGAGAAAAGAGACGACAUUCAAUACGCUCUCUCUAAUUGGUGAGCCUGGAGUAUAUAGAAUUGGAUUCAUUGAUACCGAUACAUGUGAAAUGUAUAAAUCAACAAUGGAAAUCACAGUUAUUGGUACAUUGAAUUCGCUUUACUUUGAAUGGUCAUUGUCAGCAUUCAUAGUGUUAUUAAUAAUCAUAGUAUCAUUGGUAAUCAAUUUCAUAGCAAAACAUAAGGUGAAAUCAAAAGGAUUCCUAUCAUUGAAGAUGGCAUUCCUCACACCAAUGGAAAGUAUAUACAAAUUCAAAGGUGAAUCGAUUAGAUUCUACUUUAAAUCACAAAGAUUAUUAGUAUUCCAAUGUUUAUUCUUUACUUUUAUCAGUUUGGUAUUGUUCAUACCAGUCACAGUGAAAGGUGAUAACAAAUUCCGAGACAUGAUACUAUUGUCACAAGCCAAUUGGAAUGCAAAUUCACCAUUUCUAUUCUUUUAUCAAGUGCAAGUGUUUUUAUUAUUCUGUUCAUUAAUAAUUUGUUAUACAAGAUUCAAUGAUGAAAGAAUAUAUCUUUCACAUGAUAGUAAUCAUUUGGUAACAUCAAGAAGUGUAUUAUUGACAGGCUUACCAAGAUCAUUGACCAAUGUUCAAAUGUUGAAAGAUUUCCUUCAAACUGGUUAUUCAAAUGGUGUUUAUUCAGUCUCAAUCAUUCUUAUUAAAAUAUUUUCACAAUCAGAUAAAGAUAACGAUUUAAAUGGUAGAUUGGAACAUAUCUAUGUCGAUCCAAAUACUGAUAUAAAUCAAUUACCAUCAGAAUUGAAAGUUGAAUCAACUGGUAAAGCAUUUAUAACAUUUUCAUGUGUAUCGGAUGCUCAUUUAUUUACAAAUCAAUUCUCAUCAUACAAAUGGACAAAAUCAUUAAUUAAACGUAUCACUCAACCAGUUAUACCUCAAGAGUAUCGUACUGAAUUGGGUACUGAUAAUUGGAGGGCCCACCCUGCACCAAGAGUAUCCGAUAUACUUUGGACAAAGUUACAUGACCCUGCAAAUUUUAGAAAUGUUGGUUGGACAAUACUACAAAUGAUUGGUAUAACAUUCUUCUUUUUGGUGAUUGUAUUCUUUGCCAUCAUCUUUUACGAAACUCAAUUCUCAAUCAUUGACACAAUUUCACCCAUAGAUUAUGGUACCAAACAAGCCAUGCUCGUUAGUUUAACCUCUUAUUUAGCCUAUUACUUUUGUCCAAGCAUUAUUCUAAUGGGUUUAAAUCAUUCAUUACCCGGUAUUAUUAGAUUCAUUCUAAUGCGAUCAAAUAAUUAUGUUAGAAGCUUUUCAAAGAGUAAAGUCAUGUUAAUCACCUUUAUAGCUCAAUCAUUAAUCAUCGUUAUUUUCCCAUCUGCUUAUUUCUUAAUCAAUGUUAAUCCAGAUUCCGAUCAUGUUUCAAAUCAAAAUCUAUUCUUAGUACCAAUUAAAUUCUUACGUAGAGGUGGUUCAUUCUAUAUUCAUUUCAUUACUAUAUUCGCUAUGUUAACUCCAUUCUUAGAAUUAUCAAAUCUUUCCGAUAUAGUUUAUAAAAUUUUAUUUCAUAGAAAUUUAAAAACUGAAGAAAUCUUUAGUUUUGAACCUUUAAAUUUAAAAAAACAAUAUUUAAAUUCAUUAUUAUUAGUAAUGAUGAUUGGUUGUUAUGGACCAAUUUUUCCAUUAUUAUGGGUAUUUGUAUUAUCAUAUUUAAUUGUUAAAUUUUAUUUAGUUAAAUAUGUUUGUAUUGCUUCAAAGGCACCAAUACCACCAAGUGAUAAGUAUUUUGCAGUUUCAUUUCAACAAUGUAUUUGGUUCAUUUUAACAGUGAUAUCAACAUUUCAUUUCUAUUAUGUAGUUUCAUUUGGCCGUGUUGAUUUAAUGU